UUUUUGAGUGCAAAAGUUUUCCACAAUAAAUAUAAACAAGAUUCUAUCUAUUACAAAUACUAUAGUCUUCUGGAAUAAAUCGAUAAUAUUGAAAGUGACAUUGAAAUAGUUUAGUUCCCAAAAUAUGGGAGAAAAAAAUAUAUUAAAUGUAUUUAGGUAUUUAUCAUAUCAUAUUAAUCAUUCUUCUAUGAUGUCGUCAAAAGUGUUUUAAAAAUAAUUAAUGUCUAAUUUUUGCAAAUGUUAGUGUUUAAUUUUUGAAGAAGAAAAUAAAUUGUUAUUUUAAUAAAGAAAUAUGACUUCUAUUAAUGAAGUUAGUUCGAUACCUAAAACGAAAAAACCUUCGGACAGUGCAUUCAAACAGCAACGUUUACCUGCUUGGCAACCAAUACUUACUGCUGGAACUGUUUUACCAACAUUUUUUGUAAUUGGUAUUGCUUUUAUACCAGUUGGAGUUGGAUUACUUUAUUUUUCUGAUCAAGUUAAAGAAUAUAUUUUAGAUUACACUGAUUGUAAUUCUACAAAUAUUAAUCAUACAAAAGGAAUGCCUGUUAAAUGUGCUGAUGUUAUAGCAGAAAAUCGUUCAAAUAUUUGUAAUUGUGAAUUAAACUUCACAUUACCUUCUGAUUUCAAUGGAAAAACUUAUAUGUAUUAUGGUUUGACUAAUUUUUAUCAAAAUCAUAGAAGAUAUGUAAAAUCAAGGGAUGAUAAUCAAUUAUUAGGAAAAUUAAGUGAAGUUGUCUCAGGAGAUUGUGAACCAUUUGCUUAUGAUGAAGGAAAAGCUAUUGUACCAUGCGGUGCUAUUGCUAAUUCAUUAUUUAGUGAUGAAUUAAAAUUAUAUUCUGUUCUACAUAAGACUAACGUACCAUUGUUAGAAACUGGUAUAGCUUGGCCCUCGGAUAAAAAUAUAAAAUUUAAAAAUCCUGAAGGUGAUUUAAAAAAAGCAUUCGAGAAAUUUGCAAAACCAAAGAAUUGGAGUAAGCAUAUUUUUGAGUUAGAUAAAAAAAAUGAAGAUAAUAAUGGUUUUCAAAAUGAAGAUUUAAUUGUUUGGAUGAGAACUGCUGCUUUGCCUACUUUUAGAAAACUAUAUCGCAGAGUAAACCAUACAGAAGGUGGUUUUGCUGGAGGUUUAAUAGCAGGAGAUUAUAUACUUACUGUUAGUUAUACAUAUCCUGUGUCUGCCUUUAAUGGUAGGAAAAGAAUGAUUUUAAGCACUACUUCUCUUCUUGGUGGGAAAAAUCCCUUUCUUGGUAUUGCUUAUAUAGUUGUAGGAUGUAUUUGUUUGUUAUUAGGCAUUAUAUUGUUAAUAAUACACAUCAAAUGUUCUAAAAGUGUAACAGAGAUGAUCAAUGUAACUUCAAAUACACCAUAUCAAGAAUAAUUAUGCAUAUUUAUCAUAAAAAUUGGAGAACAUUCUGGAUUUUUGCAUUUACUUUGUAAGUGUUAAUAUAAAUUUAAUGUAACUUAGAAAACAUAUAGAUAAAAUUGAUAAAUAAUAAUAAUAAUAAUAAUAUGGUAAAUAUUAGAUAAAAUUAUAAUUAUGUUUUUAAAAAAGAAACAUAUUAAUUCAGUUUUAUUUUAUAUUUUUAAAAAAUUGUUUAUUGAUCUCUUUUUUUAGUUUUUCUUGUUUACUAAUCUUUCUGCCAUUCUUAUUAUAUUAUAUUAUAUUAUAUUAUAUUAAUAAUUGUUUCAUCAAAAAAAUAUUUUAAUUAUUGU